CCGCCCGCGAUGGCGGCGGCCGGCAGGGGCCCGUAGGGGCCAUGGGCAACGCCGAGGGCCGCGCCCCGCGCCGGGCCGAGCCUCGCGGCAACCCCGGCAGCUUCGAUGAGCUGCACCGGCUCUGCAAAGAGGUGUUCCCGCCACAGAUGGAGGGGGUGAAGCUGAUCGUCACCAAGACCCUGAGCAGCCACUUCCAGGUGACACACACGGUGCACAUGAGCACCCUGGGCCCCUCCGGCUAUCGCUUCAACGCCACCUACGUGGGGGACCGCCAGCUCGGACCCACCGAGGUGUUCCCCACGCUGCUCGGGGACAUGGACAGCGCCGGCAGCCUCAACGCGCAGGCCCUGCACCUGCUGGGCGAGCGCCUCCGUGCCAAGGCCGUGUUCCAGACGCACCAGGCCAAGUUCGUGACGUGGCAGUUCGACGGCGAGUACCGCGGCGACGACUGCACGGCCACGCUCACGCUGGGCAACCCCGACCUGCUGGGCGGCUCCGUGAUCGUGGUGGCCCAUUUCCUGCAGAGCGUCACCGCCCGCCUCGUGCUGGGCGGGGAGCUCGUCUACCACCGGCGCCCCGGCGAGGAGGGGGCCAUCCUGACGCUGGCUGGCAAAUACUCGGCCCCGAACUGGGUGACGACGCUCAACGUGGGCUACGGGGGGGCUCACGCCAGCUACUACCACCGGGCCAACGAGCAGGUGCAGGUGGGAGUGGAGCUGGAGGCCAACACGCGGCUGCAGGAGACCAACUUUGCCUUCGGCUACCAGCUCAACCUGCCGCGAGCCAACGUCGUCUUCAGAGGGCUCCUGGACAGUAAUUGGAGUGUGGGGGGGGUCCUGGAGAAGAAGUUGCCCCCCCUGCCCGUCACGCUGGCCCUGGGCGCCUUCCUCAAUCACUGGAGGAAUCGUUUCCACUGUGGCUUCAGCGUCACCGUGGGCUGAGGGGACAGCAGGGGACAGUGUGGCACUGUGCUGCUCAGGGAGCCACCGGGCUGUGCAGGUGGCACAGGGACACGGCGGGCUGGGGACAGCGAGCGACAGCACCACGAGAGGGCUGCAGGUGGUGGCCACAGGGGGCUGGGGGUCCCCGUUGUCCCCAGUGCCACCCCCUGAGGGUGGCUGCUGCCAUGGGGGGGCUGGGGGUCCCCGUUGUCCCCAGUGCCACCCCCUGAGGGUGGCUGCUGCCACGGUGGUCUGGGGGUCCCCGUUGUCCCCAGCGCCAUCGUGGCCGUGCCUCAGUUUCCCUGCGGUGACACACGCGGGAGCCCGGAUAAAUAA